CCUUAGAUAAGUGUUCCAACUGUCCCACUUCCUCCCCUCUCAUGUCACGGGCCCUGGGACAUGCAGAACUGUGCCAUAUCUGCCAGCCGUCGUCUGAACAGAGAUGUCAUCGGACAAACAUUGUGGUCUACAUCCAGAGCAUCCCUUGAGUUAUCCAUACUAUAAAUAGUAACACAAACGUCACGUUGAAAUUGAUUGGAUAUUGGCUCGACCUUUCUAUUUAAUAAACAUCCGGUAGCCGGGGUUAUGGAAUUCCCUCCUUGGUUGACAGCAUCGUUGUGCAAUCCACCCACAACAAUUUUAGUGAUGAAAUUAUUACAGCUCUUGAUAAAAGAUAUGCGCAAAUACUACUAGACAGCAGCAAGGUAGAUUAGGAUCAGCCCCUAUUAGGGGUCAAAUUAAAACAUUUCUAAAUAAAAUGACAACAGAAUCAGAGAUGGAGUUAAUCUCAGAAAUAAAAGAAGAGAAAUUUAUGAAAAAUUUCAUCAAAGGAGGAAAUGAUACCAAUCUACAAGAACAGAAGGAUGAGGUGUCGGCACUACAAUCAUUCUAUGAAGGCGGAGAUACAGAAAGACUGACUGUAUUAUCUGCCCCUGAUGACGAAGGUCAAGGUUUAUUCUUUUUACAGACACUGAUUUCAAUGCAAGAACAAGACAGUCCAAUUACCCUGGACAUUUUAGUUCCAGCAGAUGUCAGUGAAUCAGAGGAACCAGAAAAUGCAAGGGCAGUAACUCCUCCUCUUCCAGCUUGUGGUGUCAACUUCUCACGGUCAAAUUCAGGUCAGAAGUGGAUUGGAUCAUUAAAAAUAGACCACUUAUCUCCCCUUACACUUCAGAUAUCACUACCACCAUCUUACCCAUCCCAUGAUGCACCAGUAUUUACUCUCUCUUCUAAUUGGUUGAGUUCUGUUCAACUAUCUGCGUUGUGUCGGAAGUUGGACAGUCUGUGGGAAGAAAACAGCAACAUGAUUAUUUUGUUUACGUGGAUAGAUUGGCUUGAGAAUAAUAUUUUAAGUUUUCUGGGUAUAAAAGAUAGUAUAUUAAUGAUGCCAUUUGAUGAUGAUGAGAACCGCGAUCCAAGGGCAUUACCAGAAUCAGAUGAUUUUGGUCAUAAUAUUAUAUCUAUUUUACAAUUCAAUGAACGACAGAUCGAAUUUAACUUUUGCAGUAACGAUCAAGAUUGUGAUGUUUGUUUCGAUCGUUUGCCAGGAACCCAUUUUUUUCGGGUUGGUAAAUGUGGUCACCAUUAUUGUCGAGCCUGCAUGACUGAAUAUUGUGAAAUACAUGUUAAAGAAGGAACUGUAGAAGAAUUAAAGUGUCCAGAUCGUGAAUGUGAUAUAACUCUACCACCAUAUAUAAUACAAUCAGUGCUGCCAUCUGGUGCCUUUGAAAGAUGGGAGAGACUCAUGCUGCAGAAAACAUUAACUAGCAUGAGUGAUGUGGUCUGGUGUCCGAGAUGUAAUGAACCAGUUAUUAAGGAAAUAGAAGAUGAUUUAAAUCUAGCUCAUUGUAUCAACUGUUUUUAUUCAUUCUGUACGGAAUGCAAUGAAUCAUGGCACCAGUCAAAACCAUGUGAAACGGAUGAAGAUAAACUACAACAAUUAGAGAAGAAAGGUGGUGCCCAAAAUGCUGCAGCCCAAAAAAAAUUUGAAGAAUUACGAAAGAAAAUAAAAGACGAAAUAGAAAACCGUAAAAUACUGCAAUCUAGGACAAGAAAAUGUCCGAAAUGUAAAAUAUUAAUUGAAAAAAUUGCUGGGUGUAACAAGAUGACUUGUCGAUGUGGUCAGAGUUUUUGCUGGGCAUGUUGUGUUGCUAUAAAUGGAUACGACCAUUAUAAGACUUGUUCCUUAAUGGCACCUUUAAAUCCCGGCCCACUGGACAGAGGAACUAUACGAAUGCCAGCAGAGGGUGCAUUAUGGAUUGAGGUUAACCUGCAACUUAAUCCUGAUGCACGUAGUAAAUUGAUAGUCUGUCCCAUGUGUAAACAAAAUAACUUGAAAAAUGGUACCAAUAACCAUAUGAAAUGUUGGAAUUGUAAAACCAACUUUUGUUUUCUGUGUAAAACGAGAAUAACUGGGAUGAUUACAACUCAUUUUAAUAGUGCUUCACCCUGUAGACAACAUUCUUAGCAAACAGAGAGACAGAGACAGAGAGACAAACAGACAGAGACAGAGAGAUUUAACAUCCCAUUGACACAAACAAGGUCAUUUGGGGACUAAUAUAUGGUUCAAUUUUAUUUCAAUAAUUCGCUUGCAUGUAGGGGUAUAUAGCAGUGGGAGGAAACCGCAUGACCCUGAGAAAACCCACCAGGUUGGACAGGCGACGGGGGAAUUGAAACGACAGGGGAAUUGAAACCACGCCAUUCUAUGACAGACCUUAUGAUCUCUCGUCCACGUAUUAAAUCAUUUCGCCAUGUCUCCUCCACCCCCUCCCCCGCUGCAGAAGAGAAUUAGAAAUCUUUUUUUUUAAGUUAAUAAAAAUAAAUAAGGGCUAAAAUGUGUUCUACGGGUAAUAAGUAUUAAAAACAAAAAAAACUAGGUAAGAUAUACCAUCUUGACAUAGACAUUGACAAAUAAUUGUUGGGAAAUAAAUUUUACCUGGUGAAAUCACUAGACAAUAAACAUAUAUUUGGAGGAGAACUUUUUAUUUUUAGGUAGAAGACAUUAAUGUUAUUGUAAUACACAGUGUGUGUGUUCACCAUAAAUAAAAGAGUCACUUUAAAUUCGUAAACACAAAUAUGGGAACUUUAAAUGUAGUUAACCUUUCAACACCUGAUAUAUGUAAAUAUUUUAACUUUAAAUGUAGUUAACCCUUUAUAUUAACACCUGAUAUAUAUAUAUAUAUAUAUAUAUAUCCAUGACAUUAUUUAUGAAUAGUCCCAAGACAGAUGAAAAGUACUUUAAAAUGUUAAAAUGUUAUUAAACCAGUGUUGAUAUCAGUUUUUUUUGGCAUACCUUUUAUCUUUUCAUCAUUUACCGUGAAACUUCACAGUAAAUAUAUGUAUAUAUUUGAACUUUUAAGUGUAGUUUUAACCCUUCACCACCUGAUACAGGUAAAUAGUUGAACUUUAAAUGAUAUUAACCCUUCAACACCUGAUAUAGGUAAAUAUUUAAACUUUAACCCUUUACCACCUGGUGUAAAUAUUGACCAGACUAGGCUACCUCAGAUCCUUGAAAAAUGUCGAGACAAGUGAUUUUUUCUACAUUAAGUUUUGUAGUGCAUUUCCAAACUAUUGUUCCAUAGAACUGUUUUUUUUUUAUAUUAGAUUAUUUUUUUAAUAGUGCCAUAGGUUACCCCCCCCCCCCCCCCAGAUACAGUCACUUGAUUUGAUAUUUGUUUAUUUGGUGCAAUGUCUAUUUUCUGUCUUGUCCGCAAGUUUAUCUUGUAGAUUUUUGUUUUGUGUGUAGUGUGGUCCUCCUGCACUUACUAGUCUGAGAAUGCUUUGUGAACUCAGGGGCAAGACCUUAUAAAUGAUGUACCAGUGUUAGUGUAUUCCAUAGGGUAAGUGAAAUAAAAUGGGACAGUGUGCUAUGAAGGAAAUUUUGCUUCGGGCUACACUUACAUUGAAAUCCAACUGCCAAGGGUUCUUUUACGUGCGUGCUAGUGUGUUCAUGGGAACUUGGCUUUUUGUCCCAUCUGAAUGACUAUACGCUGCAUUUUGCUUAGCCCUCUGUCCUGCACCAAUGGCAGGGGAUACACGCCGAAAUGAACUUUCUUGGCCAAGACAGGGAUAGAAGACGGGAGCUCUAGGUUAGCAGCCAACGUCUUACCCACUGAGUCACCACGGGUCCAUAAUACACGGUACCAGAACUGAUUUUCUUCAUUUCUGUGUACAAGGUUCUACAACAUCAAUAGUAAUGCCAUAACAUUGACCUUCGAGGCCAUAUUAAAUUGAUAACAGUGGUUCCUAUCCUAUGACUUAUAUCAAUAAAUGUCAAAUAUAUUCAUAAGUAAAAGUCAAUUGUUUACUUCAUAGGUCAACAGUUUAUUGUAAAUUAUAAACAUUUUUAGCAAGUUAUAAACAUUUUUAGCAAGUUAUAAACACAUGACACUGUAUUAAUAAGUAUACUCAUAUUUAAACAUACAUUAUGCAAGAGCUAAAUCUGUCUAUUGAAGGCCUUUCUUUAGGACUUAAAUGUUAUAUAAACUAUUAAUUAGACAUUUGUGUAUUAACAUGACAAGAUCAUAAUCAACUCUCGAUGCCAUCGGAUAUCUGCGAUAUUAAGUAGAUUAAAAUGGUUCAGCCAUAUUUUGAUUUAAUUGAAAAAAGGGAGAACCGAGGCUUAGCUUCAAACAACCAGUAUAGUGGUUGCAAUUAAUGCACGCAUCUUGCCAAACCUUCAAAUGCGAACAUCUUGCUCGCAAUAAAGUAAUUUGAAUGAAAUUUUCAAUAUAUUCAAUUUGCAUUAUCUAUUUUUGAACUAUUAUUGCAAGAAUGGCCAGCUCUUUAUCUAAAUCAUAUUUAUUUCCUGGAAUCUACUGUUAUUUAAUCAUUCAAGAUAAUGUAUUUAUAAAUCUGACAAAAAAAGGUUGAUAAGCAUCUUGAACAAAACAUUUUUACAUAAGUCCAUGUACUUUGUAUGCUUCAUUUAGUAAAAUAACACAGCAUAUGGGAUAGAUUUAUCCUCUGGAAAAAUUUCAUUAUAUUUUAUACUGUGUAAUAAUGUCAUAUUAUGUUUUAUACCGUGUAAUAAUAUAAUAUUAUGUUUUAUACUGUGUUAUAAUAUAAUAUUAUCUUUUAUACUGUGUAAUAAUAUAAUAUUAAGUUUUAUAAUAUUAUAUUUUAUACUGUGUAAUAAUACAAUAUUAUCUUUUUAUGAUGCUGUGUAAUAAUUUCAUAUGUAAUAGCCCGUUCAGCUGCUUAAGUUGAACUGGUUUUAAAAACCCGGCGAUCGUUAAACCAGUUUAACUUAAGCGUCUGAACGCAAAUGUGGGACAAAUAAACCAGUUUAAAAACCCCUGCUCGGGACCUGUCUUCGAGAAGGCUUUUUAUUUUAAACUGGUUCAUCUUAGCCGUCUGAACGGGUUGGCUUAAAAAACCCAGCUCCAGCUUGCUUUGAGCAUGCGCAGUAUGCAGUAAGUUACAUUCCCAUGAAAAUAUCAGGGUCAGAUACAGUGCCAAUGUUAUCGAAAGCGUGCGAGAACCGAAUAAAGAAUAUGAAGCUACCCAUGCGUAGUUAACUCUAACCUCCGACCGAAGAGGUCAGAAUAGUUAAACUGGUUUGGCUUAUAAUACGUGUGAACGCAACACGACGCUGUCUUAAAAACCACAGCGAUUAUGAACUGGUUUAAGAAUAAGCGUCUGAACGGGCUAUAAGAAUGUCAUAUUGAUGUUUAUACAGUGUAAUUUCAUAGCAUGGUUUAUACUGUGUAAUGAUUUCAUGUACUAUUAUGUAUUAUACUGUGUAAUAAUGUUAUAUUACUGUGAUAACAUACUGUGAUAUAUACACUAUGUAGGUAGUAUUUAUAAAUGUUGUGUUUGUUAACAAAAUUGAAAUACAAAUGUUAUUAGCUAUUGAUUGUUAUCAAGAUAUAGAAUAAAAUUGUUGCAGUCUA